CCCUGUCCUCCUUUUGCCCUUCCCCCCCUCCCUCCCCCCUACUAUGGCCACACUGCUUCAGAAGGCCAGCGACUUCGACCCGAGUGUCGGAGCUGGCGAGCUGUACCAGCCCCUCGAGGACCUUUCGAUCCUUGACCUGAACUACCUGCCAGUGCCUCAGAACAUUGUUCUCGAGGAUGGCGCCACCCUGCGCGAGGUCCCGCUCCCGAGCUCCCUGUCGCAUCCUGCGUCGCACAAUCCGGCAGACCCGACGCGUCUGGCGGACGUCGGGCGGAUGCCGGCGGCUGGCGCGCCGGCAACCGAGGCUCUCGGAUCGGCUGGCGCCGCCGGGCCCGUGGCUCAUCCUCGCGCCAGCGAGGCCGGCGCCAUCCACCACCGUCACUAUGACAGCGGUUUGAGCCGAUGGGUCAGCUCGGCGGCCUUCGCCACUUGCAUUGAGUGCUGUGCGGCCCUGUCGGCUGCCGCGGCCGGGGCCUGGACCGAGACGGCUGCCAAGUCGCUGGAAUCCGCCCUGGCCACCGGGACCGGGGUUAGCCCCGCGAUUCUUGCCCUUCGGGACCUCUUCCAGGUCCAGCUCCCGGCCCUGCUGGACGAGGUGGCCCCAGUGAAGGAGCCGACUGGCGCCGGUCGGCGCUUCGGCGAUGUGGCCUUCCGGACCUUCCACUCGAAGGCAUCACAGACCUUCUCGGAUGUCUUUACCCCGCUGCUGGCUGCGGUCUAUUCGACCGCCGACUCGUCACAUAUUGCCGCGGCCACCGAGCAGCUGUGUGCCCUGUUUAAGGCGUGCCUCGGGAACCCGGUGCGGCUGGACUUCGGCACCGGCCACGAGACGGCCUUCCUGCUGUUGGUGGCCGGACUGGCGCGUCUGCGUCUGGUUGGCCAGCCAGCUCGGCCGUCAACCUCGGCCUCGGAGUCCGCAUCGGCCAGUGUGGCGGCUACCGCGCAGGCUGCCGGUUCCACCGGGCCCCAGGUGGCCGAGGCGGUGCUCGAGGCAGUGGGCCCGCGCGUCGGUGACAUCUCCAUGCCCCUGCCGGGCAAUGCUCAGAUUAGCGUCUACGAUCUGGCCUUCCUGGACUUUGGCUUCCAAGUGCCAGAGGCAUGGCUGGAGAUGGCCGGCCAGCCGCCCGCCCUGCCGGGGCCGGUGGCUGGCGGCCUGCGCGAUUGGCGCGCCCUGGCUCUCGGCGUUCUGCCGGCCUACAGUCGCACCGUGCGACUGAUCAUCCGCCGGUAUGGGCUGGAGCCGGCGGGCUCGCGUGGCGCGUGGGGCCUGGAUGAUUAUGUCAUGCUGCCGUAUGUGGUGGGCAGUGCGCAGUUGAUCGGCCACCCAACCGUCGGGCCGAUGUCUUUGUCGAUGCCGAAUGUGGUGGUGCGGUAUGCCUCCGAGGCGGCAUUCGAUCCGGAGGGCCCGGAGGCAGCGGCCUUCCGCCUGUCGACCGGUGUCGAGGCCGAGGGUAACCCACAUGCCUUCCCCAUGGUGCUGGGCGAAAUCCCGGCAGCGGUCCCGCGCCCGGACCGCGCGUCGACCCCCAUUUACACGGCCGAGCGUUUGUUGCUUGACGCGGUGCUGGCCGUUUACCGGUCCAAGCGCGGCACCCUGAGCGUCCACUCGCCACUGCUGCACAGCUUGUCGACGCAGCCGAACAUGGCAUCGCCGGACCCGACGCACCGCGGCCACCCGGUGGCCGAGGCCGGCAACUGGCGCCGCGCACAUGCCGGCCUCAUGAAGAUGUGGUGUGGUGAGGUCAUCCGCCGUUGGCCAGCUUCCGGACACCUGCCGGUGGCCUUCUCCGCCAGGGACAGCUCCGGCGCGGGUAAUCCGGAGGCCCAGCUGCGCGGCAUUCUAAGCACCGAGCGCCGGGCUCAGCGCGAGGGGUCUUGGGCCAUGCACGGGCCGAUGGGCGCUGCCCGCCAGCCGGAGGCCGGUGGCCCGUCGCCGACCCCCGGUCCCGGCAUGGCGCCCAUGGGCCGUUUUCCCGGCGCCGGGCUCGGGCCCGGGUCGGCUGGCCCCGGGACCUACCGUGGUUUCAAUCGUCAGAUGUGAAGGGCGGACAGGCCGAAGCAUAGGGGGUGAUCACUUUUGCCACCGGCGGAGGGUGAUCUCCCGUCCGGCUGGUGUUUGUUCUUCCCUCUCCCUUCCUGCCUGAGAGGCAGUCGACGGGCGGGGGGG